CAAUUAUAGCUAAAUAACAAAUAACCUCUAAAAGACAGUUAAAAUUUUAUAAAAAUGUUUGGAGGAUCGAAAAAUACUUUCGGGCAACCUUCUACGCCAGCCUUUUCAUCAUUCAAUUCCCCACAACAAAACACUGGUUUUGGUCAAUCAGCAUUCGCUAAACCAGGAGGAGCAUUUGGCACUUUUGGACAACAACAAACCUCAGUGUUCGGAGCAACUCCGCAACCUGGGGGAUCUUCAUUAUUUGGAGCAACUAGUACACCUCAACAACAAGGUUUUGGAACCUUUGGACAACCACAACAACAACAAACUUCAAUUUUCGGUAAUACGAGUACAACCGGAACAACAUCACUGUUUGGGUCACAAGCAACACCUGCAUUUGGAGCAGCAAAACCACCAGGAUUCGGUUUCGGUCAACCUCAACAACCUUCAACAUCUUUAUUCUCCACAAAUCCAGCUCAACCACAGCAAACAUCUUUGUUUGGUCAAACUGGCACCACAAACACAGCUGGUGGUUUAUUUGGCAGUGCAGGAGCGACAAGUUUUGGUCAACCGGCAGGUAAUCAACAAUCUGGAACUGCAGUUGCAAAAUUUCAAGCACCACAAGAGACCGACACUCUUAUGAAAGGUUCACAAGCAUCUUAUGUUCAAACAAAGCAACAAUGCAUAACUUUCAUGAAGGAAUAUGCAGAAAAAUCAUUAGAAGAGUUACGUAUUGAAGAUUAUGCUGCAAAUCGAAAAGGACCACAAGCUGGUGCUGGAUUGUUUGGUAACACACAAACUGGAGGAGUUUUUGGCUCAACAUUGCAACAACAACAGCCAACUUCAUUAUUUGGUACACAACAAAACACACAACAGACACCUGGGCUGUUUGGAUCAACCGGAGCUGCUAUAACUGGAGGAAGUACUUUUGGUCAACCCUCAUCAACAUUUGGACAGCAAAACGCUGGAGGAUUGUUCGGAAAGCCAUUAACAACUCCAGCAACGACGUCAGCUUUCACAGCGUUUGGCGCCAACACUUCAACAUUUGGUGCUGCGAAACCUUUCGGACAAGCAACGGCAACACCUGGCACUGGAUUAUUCGGUCAAAGUCAAACGCCUGCCUUUGGAUCAACAACAACCAACACAUUUGGCGCUGCAGCUCCUGCUUUCGGUCAAACACAACCGACACAAGGAACUUCACUUUUCGGAGCAAAUCCAACUUCACAAACAGCGCCUGCUUUUGGUCUCGGUGCUACUUCAACACCAUCAACAGGUUUCGGAUUCGGACAAAGCAACACAAACACAACGACAGGACUUUUCGGCUCACAGAAGCCAACAUUUAAUACAGGAACGUCAGCUUUUGGUGCUGCACAACCAUCAACAUCAACAACUGGCUUCACUGGCUUUGGACAAACAACUGGCUCGAGUCUGUUUAAUCAACAAAACCCAGCAACUGGUUUCGGUGGUUUUGGUCAACCACAAGCGACAGCAGCACCGACAGUAUCGUUUGGACAAAACACCGGUGGAUCGUUGUUUGGGCCAACAAAUCAAACGACUGGUGGAUUGUUUGGUGGCAGCUCAACUGCUGCAACUGGCGGACUCUUCGGUGGAACAUCCACAGGUGGUUUUGGUGUUGCAACUUCAGGCAUGUCAUUUGGACAACAACAACCGAAUCUUUUUGGUGGACAGCAACAAAUUCAACAACAGCAAAUUGGACAAGAAAUUCAUCAGAAAAUUUUAGCGCUCGCUUCGAAUCCUUACGGUGAAAAUGAAUUAUUUAAAGGAUUGAAACCAGUUAUUGGAUUAUCGGAAGAUUCUCUUAAGCCAACAAAUCCUGCAGCACAAAAAGCGCUUUUAGAAGCCAGCAACAAUUAUCGAAUAUCGCCAAAUGCUGGUGCAAAGCUGAAAGUGAAGCCAAUCAGUGGUGUGGUGACGAAGAAAUCUUUGUUUGACGGACUUGAAGAAUACGAUCAGUCACUUGACGAAAGUUUCACUUUGAAAGUUAAUCCAAAGCGUUUAAUUAUUAAACCGAGAGAGAGUCCAAAUAACAUUUCGAGAAUCACAACAGUUGACGAUUCAUCAACGACAUUCAUCAAAGUCAGAGACGAUCCAAAGGCCAUUCAAGAGAAAGAAAAUGACGCGCCUGAAUCAUUUCGCAAUCAAAUUCCAUUUUCACAACCAGCAGAUGACGAUCAAGACACUGAUCGAAGAGUUUCUUGGCUAAGAACGGCACCGUCGCAAGGGAUUCGUCCACGUCCAAAGUUACGCGAAACAUUCGGUGACACAACUUUCACACAAAUGCAUUCAAUUCGAAACAGUUCAAAAGGAAAGGAAGAUCAAGAAAAUUCACAAAUUAUCGAGCAAUCGUCGCCAAAUUCCAUUUCGAUGUUGAAUGAAACUUUUCGUUCGAAUGAAGAUGCGCAAUCUGAAGCUGACAUUUCAAUCAUCACCGGUCCAUCAGAUCCACAUCCAACUGGAAUUAUCUUAAGACGUGCUGGUUAUUACACAAUCCCAUCAUUAGACGAACUUGUUGAAUAUUUAGACACCGAAGGACGUUGCGUUGUUUCAGACUUCACGAUUGGUCGUCGUGGUUAUGGAAAUGUUUAUUUCGAUCAUGAAAUGGACGUUUCAGGAUUGAAUCUUGAUGAGAUUUGUCACUUCCGAAAUAAGGAAAUUAUUCUGUAUCAAGAUGAUGACAAUAAGCCUCCGAUUGGGGAAGGUUUGAAUCGAAAAGCUCAAGUGACGUUAGAUCAGAUUUGGCCACAUGAUAAAAAUACUCACGAACCAAUCAAAGAUCCAGAACGCUUGGAAGCACUUGGAUAUGAAGCGAAAUUGAGAAGAAUUUGCGAUAAACGUGGAACAAGAUUCAUUGAAUAUCGACCGGAAACAGGAAGUUGUGUAUUUAAAGUUGAACAUUUUUCCAAAUACACAUUGAGUGACUCAGAUGAAGACGAUGGUGGAGAAAGUGAACCGAGAGUGGAUCCAAAGAAAGCCAAACUUAUUCCACCUCAACAACUUCCGCCUGGUGCUGCAGCUUCUCUUAAAAAUGGAAAGAAACCGGAAGUUGGUAAAGAAAAUCUUACAGGAAGUGAAGGAAUGAGUAGAAUUAGACAACAGGAAGCAAGUUUCUUUCUUGGUCAACACGUUGGGCAAAGAAGUUUCCAGCAAUACUUUCAACCUGAAGAUGAAAUGGUCGAUUUAACACACGAAGGGCCAACCAGUCCAUCAGCAGCACUUGCAAAAGAAAUGCGCGCUGAUCCACACAAGUUACAAUUGAUGAAAGCUUCGUUCUUUGUUGAAGAUGAUUACGACACACGAUCAGUGAUGAGUGACAUGACUGAAGGACGUGAAAGUCCUGACCAAAUGGUGCCAACAGUCUUUGGCCACAAACCAUCUUCGUUCGCAAAUCGAUUGUUGAUGUCAAGUGCAAGAAUUAUCGAAGACGAUGCGAUGAUUGGUGAGAAAGUUCAUGAGAAAAGUUCAACUGAAUCAUCGCUGACAACAAGAAAACAUCAAGAUUUAGUUCCAUUACAAGUUCCAAAGCCAAUUGGACCAAAGUCAGCGCCAUUAAUUGUCCGCCCACGCGUUAUGUUGUUCGACAUUGUCGACAUGAUGUUGCCAAUGAACGAUUCAAUCUUAAACGAAAUCAAAGAAAGAAAAAGCAACACAAUUCCAUUUUUUCAUGGACGAAAGUUUAAAAUUAGUUGGAGUUGUGGAAAUAAAUUUACAGUUUUAGGCACUCAACGACAGCAGCAACAACAUCGUCAAGAUUCCUUGUUUGAUGGACGAUCCUACGGCGACACUUCAAAGUCGAUUGUCACAAUUCGUCAAAUUAAAUCAACGGGAGAAGAUUUCCAUAAAUCAAUUGUUGGUCAUUUAAAGAUUCGAUUGAAACAUGAUAAAAGAAUGGAAGUUGACGACAGCGACUGUCCACGUCUUGAAGCUGGUGGUGGAACGGAUGCGCUUCUUGAACAUCAUAAAUAUGCACAGAAGAUUGCAAGAGAUAAUCAGGAAUGUCAAUUUAAUGCCACAGUUUGGUCGUUGAUGCAUGCGUUGUGGGGAUUCAUCGAUGACAUGGAUCCGUGGGAACACGCGGUUGUCAUGUUGCGUCGCGAUCUUCUCUCAAGUUGGAUUGAAAGUGUCGUGACUGACAACGACUUGUUGAAAUCUAAUGUCGAUUAUCUUGAUCGUUUAAUGAACUACAUGAUGUGUCAUAAAGUGAACGAAGCUUGCGAUUUAGCUUUGAGUAAUUCCGACAUUAAUCUCAGCAUUCUGAUGGCACAAUCAAGUGGCGGACCAGCAAUUAGACAAUUAAUUCAACAUCAAUUGGAGAGUUGGCGUGAAAAUAAAUCAAAUGAGUUCAUCGAUGAACGACGAUUAAGAAUUAUGAUGAUGAUUGGUGGAGUGUCAGCGAUGGAAGGCCCAAAGAUGUCACCAAUCAACAUUUUUAGUCAAAUCGAUUGGUUGAAAUCUUUAGCACUUCAAUUAUGGUACAUUUCAUCACCAAUUUCAUCAGUUACUGAUGCACUUUAUGCUUACGAACAAAACUUCCAACAUCUUGAAUAUGAAGUUGCACCGCCAACUCCGUCAUAUGUCAAUCAAUUGAUGAACUCAAGUCAUGAUUUUAAGUACUACGACAUAAGAUUUCACUUGAUGAAACUUUUUAGUCAACGAAGUCAUCCACUUGAAACUUUACUUCAUCCAGCUAACUACACGAUGGACUUGAUGGACUUUCGAUUAUCAUUUUUAUUACUUCAAGUUCUCGACACUCUCGGUUAUCAUCAUUUGAGUGAUUCUUGUCGGUUGAAGAUUUAUUCGUCGUUAGCUGAACAAUUAGAGACGAAUGGAAUGUGGGAAUGGUCGAUUUGGAUCAUGCUUCAUGUUAAUGACAAGAAUCAUCGUGAAAAUGCCAUUCAGCAACUUCUUUAUCGUCAUAUUCGUAUCGAUGGAGAAUCCAACGAGGAUAAAAAUUACUCAGAAAAAGAAGAAUUUGUUGUUAAGACAUUGCAAGUGCCAGAAAAGUGGGUCAGUUACAGUAAAGCUGUUCGUGCUGGGGCAAUGGGAAAUCAUCAUGUUGAGUUGAAGUAUUUAUUGAAAGCGAAGCAAUCAUCGCGUGCCCAUGAAGUUAUGAUGCGACAUAUUGCGCCAGAUCUUGUCAUCAAUGAUCAAAUGGAUUAUCUGAAGUCUUUGUUGAAGCAAUUUGAAGAUUGUCAUGAUAUUCAAAAUUGGAAGACACAAGGAGAAGUUUUACUGCAUUUCAUCGAGUUAAAUGAGAAGUUUAAAACUUUAAAUGAGAACAUGGAAGAUGUUGACGAAGAUUUGUUUCUCGAACAAAUCAGCUCGAAGCUUUCAGAUCUUUGCUCAAUUAUUCGUUUCUUUCCAUGUCCAACAUCAAAGCAUCGUCUUUGUCAAUGUGACAUUUCCAAGCAACUUGCCUACAUUAUUCGUAACUUCUACGCAAAUUCAUCAGCUUAUGGGAGUCAAGCUUGUGCUUUAAUGAGAACAGCUUUGGAACGUUUGCCACUGCCACAAGAGUUUGCGCAACAAGAGCUUAAACAUGUUUUACGAACAUUUAUGAUGGAAAAGUUGACGAUAAAUUGAAGAGAAUUGUCAUCAAAACGAUGAUAAUUAAAACGCUUAUUAAAUAUUUUAGGAAUCAAUCAAAGAAAAAAAGAAGAAGAAGACUGAUUGUGUCUCUUCAAUUGUUAAGCUGAUUAUUUUCCAAUUUUUGUGUUCUUUAUGAAGAUGAAAAAUUUUCUAAAAAUAAAACUCAAUUAAUUUUU